CCGCCUCUCUUGCUGGCAUCCCCUUGUUCCACAUCUCGAAAGUUGUCAAUCACGGCCACCACAAUGGCGCGCUCUCCAGACCCACUCGGCCAGACGUGGGGUUUGAUCCCUUACAACAAUCCCAAGACUGACCACAGCUCAGGAUCUUCUGACAAGAAUGCUCUCUUUGUGCGCGAUCUGAACAGUACACCUCCAGCUGUGCCCCUCGAGGAGCGGCUCGAGAACACGAAGCAGGGCCUUCUCGGUGUUGACGACUACCUUGGGUCAAACCACGACGGAAAGUCCGAGAUGGACCUUGACCGCCCUUCUGCUAUGCACACUCGGCUCCGCAGCUCUGAGAAGCAUGAGAGCUCCACUCAAGCAGGACCGUCCAACUCCCGCCCGGUGUAUCAGGAGAUCAGUACUGACGAGGAAGACGAGGACGACGAGGACGACAUGCCACUCCGUGCCGUGCGUGCGCGCACCCGUCCAGCGAAACCUGCAGCGGCUCCGCCUGCAAAGCCUGAGCCUAGCGAGUCGUCAAGAAAGCAGAAGUACAACUACAGGAACAAGCCUGCGCAGCCCAUUUCCGCCAAACCGGUGUCGAAAAAUGACAUGCAAGCCAAAAUCCAGUUGAUCCGAGAGAUUGAGAAAUACUGGGGAAAGGACUUCAUUCGCACUUACAUCCCCAAAUGUCACCGACCAUUGACCAAGCGCAAGAACGGCAAACGCUCGAUGUAUCGUGUACAUGAGACUGACCCGAAGAAUUGGCUGCCGUCGGUCCUCAAGGCCGUUUUGAUGGUCGCCAAGCAGACUGACGAUAAGAUUGCUCUCAAGAAGGCCAUGGAUGAGGUUGUACGUUAUCGCAUCAAACAUACCGGUAAUCGAAAGCCUCAGCUGGUUACGACAGAUUUUGACGUUAUCGAAGAUAUCGUCAUAGGUGGCUGGAAGUGUCAGGAUAGCUUCAAACUCCGCUACAAGCACCUAUUGUCUGCGCAGUCGUCAAACAUCCAUGUGUCGAACGCUGAGGUAGACGCCAUCAUGUACCCCGACUCCGGCUACGAGGACACGGAUGAGGAUUCUCCUCCCCGUAAAAAUCGUCGUGUCCAUCAGAGUGAAGAGGAAGAAGACGAGGUGGACGAUGAGCUCGGAGAGGACGAAGAGGUUGUGUAUAUUCAGACUCAUCCAUUCUAUCCCCCUAAGAAGAUCAUUCAGCGAAAGUCGCAGCCGUCCAAAAAGCCGGCGAAACCGACGGCGAUAGAGUCGAAGAAACCAAUUCGACGUCCGAGUAUGGUUGAGAAUGAGGAGGAUGAAGAGACGCAGAAUCAGCCGGAACAACCACCAUACAGCGGGUACGGUGCGCCUGGCGGUUAUCCGCCUUAUACUUCUUUUGGUGGUUAUGGCUAUCCGCCGUAUGGAUACCCCCCGCACUUCAAAGGCUACCCACAGGUACCCUACGGCUACUACCCGUUCAAUCCCUACCAUCAGUAUAGUGGUUUCAAUUCAGCAGGUCAUCAUCGUGAUCCCCGUUCAGAACAAGAUGGAACUCCGGAGAUGCAUCGUUUUCCUCCUGCUAGCCACCACCAAAUGACGCCAUCGCCUGCAAUGCCACAGAAUACUGUUAGACACAGCAAAAACCAUCAAGGUGAUUUUGGCGGCCCUGGAGACCAUUUUUCACCGUUCGUACACCCGUGGGGACCCCCUCAGCAACCCUUCAUCAAACAGGAGCCUGGCCUUGAGGAUUAUGCAGUCAGCAUCGAGGAUAAUCAACAUAUGAACGGUGGCAAUGACAAGCCAAUUUACGUGGAAGAUGAUGGCAACGAGAUCGACAUGGACUAUCUGGACGAGAAGACCAAGUUGGAACUCGAAGCCGCAGAGGCUGAAGUCCGCCUUGCAAAGAUGCGGGCUAACGCCGCGAAAGCCUCCCGCGCUGCGAAGGCUACUCAUACUGGCAAGCAGCAUAUGAACUCUCGUGACUCUGACAGCCACUGAAAUUCUCCUUUUACCAGUACUCGGUUCCGGAUGACAGCAAUUGUCUGAGAUACUUUGGAUUCAUGAACUGGGUAUUGAAUUGUAUUUGCCUUUACGAUGUGGUGCUUUCCCACACGCUUUUGGUUGACCUCGCAACGAGGAUCAUUCUGGAGUCAAGGACUGAAUUUUGUUUUCAUGAAAGUUGUGAGACUCUUGACAACGAAGCGACACUUUAUAAAACAAAUCAUUGGGGCAUGCGUAUUGCAAUCAAAGCCUAAUCCCUAAUCAGCACUACUACUUCUUCAAUCAAUGUGUUUUGUCUGCGGUCUCCAGCACCAUGUGUGGUGACGUGCUCCAUGUCGGUGUCGUGAUUGUC